AUGCCUAUGGUUAAUAAUAAUGGGCGUCGAAUAAGGGCGCUGGCUAGACUCAGUGCCAAUGAAUUGCGGUCUCAUGGUGUUUGUAGAGGCAGGCAAGAAAUAGAAGCGCCUUGUAAAAAAAGGAAAAUAUCGAGCAAGACGCAACAAGAUCGACUAGCUAUUAUAAUGACGGAAUUUUCCGAAGCGGUUAAUGAACUUUACCAGCUACAAGAGUACCGAAGCUUAGUUGACUGGAAACCAAGCGACUUUUCAAAAAGUUGCAAUAAACUAGUGCCAAUGGCGUUUUCGGAGUUUUGUGAAAAUGGAGAUUACAAGUUGAAAUGGAGUCAAGAGAUUGAAAAUGACAAGGAGUUGAAAAGUUUGCCGUUUCGAUUUCAAAAAAAGAGGCUAGCGGAGAGAGAAGAGCUACUAGAUGCCCAUUUUCCAUUUCGAAAACAAGUUUAUGAAAAGCAUUGUCAAAUGGAAAGAGAAAAGUUUUUGAUUCAAACAGAUAUUCCAAAACAACAAGGUAAAAAGAUUGUGAAACCAAAAGCAAAACCAGUGAAGAGACUUGGUUUACAGUGGAGCAGCAAAGAUGAUGAUGAAGAAAAGAAACAGGAUAAAGAAAAAGAAGAAAAGAAACAGAAUGAAGAUGAAGAAAAAGAGGAUGAAGAAAAAGAGGAUAAAGAUGAAGAAAAAGAGGAUAAAGAUGAAGAGAAAGAGGACAAAGCAAAAGAGGAUAAAGAUGUAGACCUAAAUACUUUAGGAACCAACGAGACUUUGGAUGAGAGUGGGAACAAAAGUCGAAAUGCUAUUGAUCAUAAAAUUGGUGGCUCGUUCAAUAAAAGGAUAAAACGAAUUUCAUAUAGUGUGCCUAGUCUAUUGAUAACGCAUCCAACACAUAUUCCUGGGUUUAAACCUGAAUCGCAAGAGGAAAUGCAGAAUCCAGGACUAAUAGAUUCUAGACAAGCUGAAAGCGAAGUAGUGAAAUUCAGUCCUCUACCGAUUCAAAUCACCUGGACCAAAGAUGGUUUGGAUGUUGCGUCUGCAGUAGCGAAAAAGCUUGAUGAAUUUUUAAACAACAAUUUUAAGACCCCAAUUAUCGAUGAAACAACUUUUUUGGAGUAUGGCUACUCGAAAAUCGAAUACGAUAAAAUCAACCGUCAACAGCAAGCAAUGUUUCGAAAAAUUUACCAAAAGAUUAAUGUCGAGAACACAUUAGAGUUUAACGAAAAUAAAAUCGAAAGACGCAAAAUAAUACUUCCGCCAACCUCGAAUGUCAAGCUCAGCGAUCCGUUUAGAGAUACAACCUCAGUUUUCCCCAAGUUGCAAGGAUCAGCCAAUAACAUGACCCACCAGGAUCAUUUGCUAGCUCAAGGUAUGACUUUUUCCAGAAUCCACCAACAGAUGAGAAGACAACAUAUAAAUAGAUCCCGAAAAGUAGCAUUGAUAGUUGAUCAACAUUUUAAGAAGAAAAAAGGUGAAAAAGAUCGUCUCAAUAGAGAAAGGGACAUGAAUUUGAAAAAGAUGAGUCGCAUAAUGAUGCAAGCUAUAAAAAAGAGGUGGAAUGAAGCAUUUAAGGUGUAUCAAAUUAUACAAAAUGAAAAGGAGGAAGAGCUUAAGAAGAUAAAGGGACGAGAACAUUUGAGUCAGAUGUUAGAGCAUUCAACACAGCUUCUUGAAGCACAAUUGACAUCUUCAAAAGAAGCUACAGCAGAGAGCGAGAAUAUAGCGAGUGAUCUGGAACAAUCGAGAAGCUAUGACUCUGCUGAUUUUUCAUCUGAGGAUGAGGAGGAGGAGGAGGAGGAGGAGGAGGAGGAGAAGGAGAAGGAGAAGAAGUUGCAUACAGCUGCCGCCGCUGAUGCUGUUACCAGUGACGAUGAGCAGCAUACAGAACAAACACGCAAUAGCCUUGGUUUCUCAAAAACAGAUGAGGAUGAUAUAAACCUAUCAGUCGAGGAACUAAGAAGAAAAUAUGCUAAUAUAGAAAGCUCUGUUGACCCCACUUCGGAAAUGUCAAGGGAUGAUGAUGAUAAUGAUGAUGAUAAUGAUGGUGAUGAUGAUGAUGAUGAUGAUGAUGAUGAUGAUGAAGAAGAUGAUGAUGGUAAUGAUGGUAAUGAUGGUAAUGAUGAUGAUGAAAAUGAUGACGCUUCCAGUGGAAAAGAGGAAGAAAAAAAGGAAAACCACAGUCCAGAAGUUUUGAAUGGAGAGGAAUCGAUUACGAAUGAAAUUUCAAAUGGAUUUUCUAAAAUACACAAAGAAAUGGAAGAUUCAAAUAAAGAUAGUUCUGAUCAUGAGACACUGAAUGAUGAAACUCUGACCAAUCUGGACACUUCAAUUCAGCAAAAUGGCGGAUUAGCGAGUUUGUUUACAGAGCUUGAUGAUGAGAACUCAGAGAGCGACCAAGAUGUCAAGAUGGAAUCAUCAAGUGCCGAUAGUGAUGAUGAAUCGAUAUUCUCAGAUGAAGAGGAUGCGCAAUUGAAUGGUAGAACCAGGGAAAAUGGCGCCCAUGAAACCAAUUCUGACGACGAGGAAGAAGCUGUUGAGAUAGUUAAUGGAGCCAAAGUUAGAGAUGUUCCGGUACCUAGCUUGCUCAGGGGUACUUUGAGGCCAUAUCAAAAGCAAGGUCUUAAUUGGUUGGCUAGUCUUUACAAUAAUAACACGAAUGGAAUAUUAGCAGAUGAAAUGGGUUUGGGAAAAACGAUACAAACCAUAUCACUUUUGUCAUACUUGGCAUGCGAGCACCAUAUAUGGGGACCACACCUUAUCAUUGUUCCCACCUCAGUUAUGUUAAAUUGGGAUAUGGAAUUUAAGAAGUUUGCUCCCGGGUUUAAAGUGAUGACGUAUUACGGGUCUCCACAACAAAGGGCGCAGAAAAGAAAAGGCUGGUUCAAGCCAGAUGCAUUUCAUGUUUGCAUUACAUCUUAUCAAUUAGUAGUCCAAGAUCAACAAGCGUUCAAAAGGCGCAGAUGGAGAUAUAUGAUUCUUGAUGAGGCUCACAACAUAAAGAAUUUUCGAUCAACUAGAUGGAGGGCGCUACUAAACUUCAAUACCGAGAACCGAUUGCUUCUUACUGGUACUCCAUUGCAAAAUAGCUUAAUGGAAUUAUGGUCUUUGCUUUAUUUCUUGAUGCCAUCUUCUAAGACAAAUUUGGCUAUGCCAGACGGAUUUGCGAAUUUGGAAGAUUUCCAGCAAUGGUUUGGUAAACCAGUUGAUAAGAUUUUAGAGCAAGCAACGUUAAGUACCAACUCUGACUUGAUAGAUGAAAAUGAGAAAACUACCCAAAAGAUGGACAAAGAGACGAGAAAUACUGUAUCCAGAUUACACCAAGUUUUGCGUCCAUAUAUAUUGCGACGCUUAAAGAAGGAUGUUGAAAAACAAAUGCCAGGUAAAUAUGAACACAUUGUUUACUGUCGGUUAUCCAAGCGACAACGGUUUUUAUACGAUGAUUUUAUGUCGCGAGCAAAGACAAAGGAGACUUUAGCUUCAGGAAAUUUUUUGUCGAUUAUCAACUGUUUAAUGCAAUUGAGAAAAGUCUGUAAUCAUCCAGAUCUAUUUGAAGUCCGACCAAUAGUGACUUCAUUUUCAAUGCCGAAAGCAGUCUCAUGUAACUAUCAAUCGACAAGUCAAAGGAUACGUAGUAUGUUCAACAACAAGGAAGAAUUUGUUGACUUUAAUGUGUUAAAUUUGGACAUCACUAUGAACGAAAAUCUAAAUCACUUUGUUUCUGAAUCAACAGCAAGGUUGCAAUCCCUGAACCAGUUGCAAAAGCAAAUAGAUCAGUUAGCCCAAUCAUUGGUUGAUAAAAAUAAAUCCAUCACAGAUUAUGUUGACUAUUACCAAAAUUUGAUGCUUGAAGAGCAGAUUGAAACCAAGAGUAAAUUGGAGCAAGUGCGGUACAUCAAUUCCUUUCGUUGUAACAAGAAACCUUUGUAUGGCAACUCCUUGAUUGGAAUGUUAACGUUGAAAAAACGAAACUACAAUGAGGAUCCGUUUGAGAAGUAUUGUAUGUCGAUCAAUAAAAGGGUUGAGAGCAUUUUUGAUGAAAUUGAACAAUUUUCAAUUGUGACGCCGCCAGUAGUUGCCUUGGACAUGAAGGACCAACUAAUACCCAAGUCAACGCAGUACUUGAUACAAAAAGAAGUGGAGAGCCAAAAAAUCACCAAUCCUUUUCACAUGUCACAGGUGAAAUUGUCGAUUGCAUUUCCAGAUAAAACAUUGUUACAAUUUGAUUGUGGAAAACUACAGCGAUUGGCUGUUCUUCUUAGAGAUUUGACUGCUGAAGGUCACCGAGCAUUGAUAUUUACACAAAUGACAAAAGUAUUGGAUAUAUUGGAGCAGUUCUUAAACAUCCACGGGUACAGGUACAUGAGGUUAGAUGGUGCAACUAAAAUUGAAGAUAGACAGUUACUAACGGAGAAAUUUAAUCGAGAUUCAAAAAUCCCCGUUUUUAUCUUAUCAACUAGGUCAGGUGGUCUUGGUAUCAAUUUGACUGGAGCGGAUACAGUCAUCUUUUAUGAUUCUGAUUGGAACCCUGCAAUGGACAAGCAAUGUCAAGAUCGAUGUCAUCGUAUUGGUCAAGUUCGCGAUGUGCACAUCUAUCGGUUUGUUUCAGAAUACACAAUCGAAUCCAAUAUUCUUAGAAAAGCUAAUCAAAAGCGACAUUUGGAUAACGUUGUUAUACAAGAGGGAGAGUUUACUACAGAUUAUUUCGGGAAAUUUUCUGUACGUGAUUUGGUCAAUGAUCCAAAUAUACCAGAGGCUACAGAAGGUAUAACUGAUCGAACUAUUGACUUUUCUGGUGAUGCAAAAAUGGGAUCUGCGCUUGCUCAAGCCGAGGACGAAGAAGAUAGAGUUGCUGCAGGUGCGGCUUUGAAAGAAGUUGCAGUGGAUGAUGAGGACUUUAGCGAAGAAAAUAACAAAGAUUCGUCAAAAAAAUUUGUUCCAAAUAAUGACGACUUGACUAACGAUGGAGAUGUUGACUUUGAUUAUGAUAAAGGAAUUGGGCAUAUUGAUGAGUACAUGUUACGAUUUAUUGCAGACGGAUACUACUAA